UACUCCGGUGAAAUUGCCUGUUUGAUUCACAUCGAAGCGUAUAGUUCGGUAGUUUAAGCCCAGAUAUUUUUUCCCCACAUCUGACCAUGCUUAUAGUAGGUCGAAAUGCCACUAAGCUAGGUAGGCGAUUUCACUGUUCUAAGUGUAUAGGUUAUGCUCUUUGCCAUGCCCAUGAAUUAGACAUUUGAAGCUUGAAGGUGCUUUGCUGCAGAGGCAGUGUGCAGUGUUUAGCAUCAUCAGUUAGCCCAGGCUUGUUGAAGGCGAUAAUGUUUUGUUAGAUAAUCAUGAAUGAUCGUUGCACUGAGUUGCAAAUAAGUUUUCAUCGACCUAGUAACAUAAGGAACAGUGUUGUCUCGUGUUGCUUUCCAAAGCCAUACGUGUGAUCCGGCAUGAUAUAAGUAACAAUGUUGUAUUAUGUGCUGCUUUUCUUGCGGGAAAUUAUGUGAGGUGUUCUUUUAAUGCUAAUAUGAAGAGUGAGCUGAAGGUUCUGUGCAUUUCAUGCAGUUCGAACGUUGUCCUUUCACCUGCAAAGACUUUUUUUAUUGGACAUGCAAAGAUUCAUCACUUAUUAGAAUGCUCCCAUUCCCACCUACUCCCAAUAAACAACGCUACUUAAAAUCACAGAAUACUCUCAUGUAUGCUUGGGCUGUUUUGUAUGAUAGGACAGGUAAGUAUCAAUAUAUAAAAAUGCCCUCCAUUUUUAAAUAUAUGAUGUUUAGAACGAGCUUAUUAGUUUCAAAAUGAUCUAAUAAGACUGUCCUAAACGCCAUUGAGAUGGAGGGAGUACUGAAAUCUCCCUUGCUCUCCCUCUCUGUCCACCACCCCCUCCACGUAAGGGUAUGGAGGUCAACAACAAAUUUCAUAAGGGUAUAGAGGUUAAAGACUCAAGAGUCCAGCACCUCCUCCACAUAAGGGCAAAAUUGUCUUUUCCCAACUCCGUUAGCUACCGUUACAGCUCAUUCCGUCCAAAAGGGCACUGGGGUAAAGAAAACUUGGCGCCGGGUCAUACAGGUGCGUAGGAUUUUUUUUAGGGGUAUGGAGGUCAAUAGCAAUUUACAUGAGGGCAUACGGGUUUAAGACUCACAAGUGAAGCCCUAUUUCCUCCAACGCUAUCCCGCUCCCCCAGCCUCUCCGCCCCACCCUCUCUCCCUGCGCCCCUCCCCAGGCCCCACCACCCCUCUCCCUGUGCCGCCUCCAUCUCGUGCUCCGGCGGCUCUACCCUCCAGGCCUCCACCCGCCUCUGUCGGACCUCCCCCUGCACCUGCCUCCCCUCCCCUAUCCCUGCUGUGCCCCCCCUCUGAAUCGGGCCGUCCCUACCGUCGCCCCCUGCAGCGAGGCCAUGCCACGCUCAUCGGGUCGCACCUGUGAGAAGGAGGCACGAAGGUGGAUUGGAGGCUGCUUUCGCCGAUCACCUGACACAGUAAAGGAGCCGCACCUCUCCACCAAAGCAUCAGUGGCUCCAGGGCACCGCAAGGUUCUUCAGCGCGAGAGGUCAAUACAUCCUAGGUGUGGGUGCAAUUCAGUUUUCAAAAAUUUUGUGGUCCAAACUGAGCCCGUUUGAGCAAGUAAAUCACGCCACCGGAAAGCAUGAGAAGGCGGCCGGGGAUCGCUGGCUUGCAGAAUGCAGCGGCUACUCGUGACCAAUUCCGGCUGGUGGGGGAGAAUGUGGCCAAGGUCAGGACCGAUGUGAUGAAGGAGCAACUUGCGACAUUCAGGUCACAGCUCGAGGAAUUUGCUCGAAAGCAUAAGAGCGACAUUCGUAAAAAUCCGAUAUUUAGACAGCAGUUCCAUGAGAUGUGUGCAAAAGUUGGAGUAGAUCCGCUGGCAUCUAAUAAAGGAGUUUGGGCAGAACUUCUAGGGAUUGGUGACUUCUACUAUGAACUUGGAGUUCAGAUAGUUGACAUAUGCAUUGCAACUAGAUCGCAUAAUGGUGGCCUGAUUGACUUGCUAGAUCUCCGCAAACUUCUCUGUCAGAAGAGAAAAGCUACUCUUGAAUCAUUAUCUGAAGAUGACUGUUUACGUGCUAUAAGUAAGCUAAAAGUCCUUGGUAGUGGCUUUGAAGUAAUUUCUGUUGGGAGGAGAAAGCUUGUGCGGUCAGUUCCUACUGAAUUAAAUAAAGACCACAGUGGGAUACUAGGGCUAGCACAGGCUGAAGGCUAUGUCACAGUAGAACAAGUUGAAAAGGAAUUCUCAUGGUCUACUGGACGGGCAAUUGAUGCCCUUGAAACUUUACUUAAGGAGGGACUUGCUAUGAUCGACGAUGGCCACAGGGAUGGCAAGCGUAGAUAUUGGUUCCCAUGCGUCACUGUCAGUUCCGACACAACCAGCGGUGAAGCCAAGUAAUAACCUGUACUAUGUCAAUUUUGCAAACACUGUUUUUUAUUCUUUUCCAUGUGUCCAUUUCUCUGUGAGGUGUGGAACAACCAGAGCAGCUGUGUGUAAGAUGGAUAGAAUAACAUCAUACUUCUAAAUAUGAAAAGUGUGAAUUCAGGUUUGUUAUUGUACAAUAUUCA